AGAAGCUUUUUGGUUAGGUUUUGAAGUUGGCGACAAGUCAGGGUCCUUGUGAUUUAGACAGGGCGAAACAGAGAAUCUUCUUUUAAUCUAGCUCUUUCUUCGGAACUCUUCCAGGUUUAUUGCCAAGCCGUGUGCCAUAAACCUUGGCAUUCAAGACAGUGGACCUCACAGAGCCCAGCCCAAUGCAAUUUUAGAGAAAGUGUUUACAUCCAUCACGAAGUCUCCAGAUGGAAAAAGGUUAGAAGGCUUGUCAAAGCAGCUAGACUGGGAUGUUCGAAAGAUCCAGCGCUGGUUUCGUCAUCGGAGGAACCAGGACAAACCCACCACCCUCACUAAAUUUUGUGAGAGCAUUAUGGUUUUGUCUACUUAAAGCCACAAGGUGGAGAUUUACAUUUUAUUUAAGUAUAUUUUUUUAUGGAAUCAGGUUUCUCUGGACGGCACCCUGGUUUUGGGACACACGACAGUGCUGGUACAACUACCCUUUUCAGCCUCUAACAUCCAGGCUUUAUUAUUACUAUAUCUUGGAGCUGGCCUUUUAUUGGUCUCUCAUGUUUUCUCAGUUUACAGACAUUAAACGGAAGGACUUCCUGAUCAUGUUCGUCCAUCAUUUGGCUACAAUUGGACUCAUUACAUUCUCUUACAUGAAUAAUAUGGUGCGGGUUGGAACUCUGGUGCUGUGCCUCCACGAUGCAUCAGAUUUCCUUUUAGAGGCUGCAAAGCUAGCCAAUUAUGCCAAGUACCAACGUCUCUGUGAUGCUUUCUUCAUGCUCUUUGGUGUCGUAUUCAUUGUUACGCGGCUGGGUAUUUAUCCUUUUUGGAUUUUGAAUACAACCCUGUUUGAAAGCUGGGAGUUGAUUGGUCCUUAUCCUUCGUGGUGGCUAUUCAACGGGCUUUUGAUAACCUUGCAGAUCUUGCAUGUCAUCUGGUCUUAUCUCAUCAUUCGCAUUGCCUACAAGGCUCUCGUGCGGGGAAAGUGACUCUUUGAACUUCCAACGUAGCAGAGAGUGGGGAAAGAUACCAAAAGUUCUGGCAGCAGAGAGAAGCCAGUACAUCCAACAGGCCUGUCAAAACCAAUCCUGGAGAUCAUUAACUUUACCUGGCUUUCUGCCAGGUCUUCCCUCGAGUUCAAAAACUUCCUGCCUGGUGCUGUUCGAAAGCCCUAACCCUGACUCAGAGCGAGCCGAGUGGAAUGAAAUCCUGAAAUCCCCGGAAAGGCGCGAGCUGCAGAGUGCUCGCACGUGAAGUAAUCGUGGGCUCCGAGUUGCAGCGGCAGGAGCGCGGCCGCUCCCCGCCCGGCGCUGGGGAGGUUCUGCUCUGGCACCCGGCCACCAGCCAAGGGGCUUGUUUGCCCUUAGGGCCGGGCUGGGGAUCUCUUCCCUCGGCCUCCCCGUGCGUGGGCACCCGGAGCAGCCGCCCAGCACACCCAGCUCUGCUGCUGGAGGCCCAAACCCCAUCUACAAAUCGAACUCUGCUGGAUUUGCAGUCAGUCUUUUAACUCAAGGUCUUAACUCCGUAAAGCAGAUCUAGAUUUGCAGGCUGAGAUGCUCCUUCUGUCCCUGAACGGGUGUUUGCUGGAUUUAGAUAGUUGUCUUUGUUCUACAGCCCGCUGUCCAAACAGGCUUCUGCUCGUAAAUGAGUCUCACGUAUGAAUCACAAGCUGUGAAACUGGGGGGCACUUUGUGCAGACAGUAACGUCGUAAAUAUAGCUGGUUAAUUUUUAAAAUAUCAAAGCCACUCCCCACAGGACAAAAUGUUCUCUCUAAAACCAAUAUAUACGUGUUGUUUUGGUCACCGUACCCACUGAUGAUUACGGUGUGAGAAGUUUUUUGACUCAAAACAAAUCUGUUGUUUGGAAAAGCAGCCUUUAACCAAUCUAGGAUGCAGCUCUUGGAAGACAAGAACAACCAGAGAUCGAGUGUGUCCUCUGAUCUGGUGAGAGCAAAGAUAGUCUAGUGCUUUCACAGAUGUACAGAAUAUCUGGAAAAUGGAACUGGUAUUUCCAAACUGUCAUUUUCAGUGUCUGUCUCUCGCGUUCUGUAUGUGAUGACAAGUUCCUCCUUGUGAGCUUGAAGUGAUUCACGAUUAAAUGUAGAAGGUAAAUGUAACUGACUGAAGCUGGUUAAUCACAGGGACGCAACCUUCUAACUACUGUUUUUCUGUGAAUUUUUCGACUUCCCUUCUGCCCUUUCCACUACCAAAUUUCAUUUGAAAUGUUUAGGUAUCAAAAGAUGACCGCAGUGAUGUAGAGAGCAGCUCUGAAGAGGAGGAUGUGACUUCCAACAGCACAAAAGGAGUUUUCAGCACUUCGAGUAACGGCUCCAACCGCAUUAA